CCCUGCAUUCUUCCAGGAAAACAAGACCUCAUCCUCAAUAAGAGUCAUAAAACUCCCAAUGGACAUCAAAGCAAUUGCCACAGUAUUCUUCACUCUAACAAUCUACUACCUAUCCCCCAAAGUAUCAUCCCUCACACGAGAACAAGAGAAAGCAAACCUUAUUACAAAUCAAGAAUUUCUGGAGCAACACUACAUCACUCCAAUCUUGGGAAGACAACAACAGGAGCACAACAACAACAGCACACUGCAACUGGUUUGGCAUCACCUGCUCAUCAGAUGGUUUCAUCACCAACAUCUCACUCCCCAACCAAAAACAUCUAUGGCCCAAUCCCUGACUCUCUUUGCAACCUCACCAACCUGACCCACAUCGACCUCUACAACAACUACAUCUCCGGCCAAAUUCCCAAUAUCCUUAUACAGCUGCUCAAAUCUCAAGUACCUCAACCUUGGCCAAAACCUCUUAGUUGGAACCAUCCCUUCCGACAUCAACCGCAUCUCUUCUUCCCUUGUAUAUCUAAGCCUCGAAGCUAACAACUUCAGUGGUGAUAUACCUCCAAGUAUAGGCCAACUUCCAAAUAUCCAAUCUCUUAUUCUCGAUAGUAACCUUUUCAAUGGCUCGUUCCCGGCUGAGCUCGGACAACUCUCCUCUCUCCAAACACUUUGGCUUGCCUACAAUCCGUUUACUCCAGCAACCAUUCCCCUGGAGUUUGGCAAACUCAAGAACCUACGCUUUCUGUGGAUGACUAAAGCUAAUCUCAUCGGCAGCAUCCCAGACUCUUUCUCCAAUCUCUCAGCUCUUCAGCAACUCGAUCUCGCUAGGAACAACCUCACUGGUCCGAUCCCGGCCGGCAUCUGGAUGCUGCCAAAUCUUGAGUACCUUUACUUGUAUGCCAACCAUCUCUCUGGUAAGAUUAAUGGCACAAUUGGAGCUCUUAACCUUGUGAACAUAGAUGUUGGAAUUAAUCAGCUUACAGGAACAAUACCUGAAGAUUUUGGAAAGCUCAACAAUUUGUCAGGUCUUGGUAUUUACUUCAACAAAUUCUCUGGAGAGAUCCCGGCGAGUAUUGGUUUGCUUCCUUCGUUGACCAGCGUCCGGUUCUUCGAUAAUAAUCUCACUGGGGUUUUGUCACCAGAGUUUGGUAAACACUCGAAGCUGUGGGAAUUUGAUAUCAGUAAUAAUAGAAUCUCCGGCGAGCUUCCCGCUGGGCUUUGCGCCGGUGGGAUUCUAACAUCCGUGGUUGCUUUUAAUAAUAAUCUCACCGGGAGGUUGCCGGACUCUCUCGAUCAUUGCGUGACGUUGGAUAAUAUCCAGGUCUAUAACAAUAGGUUGACCGGCGAUGUCCCCAACGGCAUAUGGUCGGCGGUCAACCUUACGACGGUGAUGAUGUAUGAUAACCAGCUCUCCGGCACUCUUCCAGAGAAGCUCCCGUGGAAUAUCUCCAGACUCCAGAUCGCCAACAAUAGGUUCUCCGGCAAGAUACCGUCGACGGCCGGCAACCUCCAGGUCUUCGAGGCAGCUAACAACCAGUUUUCCGGCGAAAUACCGGGAAAUCUCUCUAGCUUCUCAAGACUCCAGACCUUGUCCCUCCGCGGGAACCAGAUCUCCGGUGGGAUCCCUGGAUCGAUCUCGGCACUGAAGUUCGUCAACAUACUCGAUUUGAGUGACAACCAGCUCUCCGGGGAGAUCCCUGACGGAAUCGGGUCUCUGUCGUCGCUGACAAAGCUUGACCUCUCCGGGAAUGAUCUCACCGGCGAGAUCCCGCAGAAGAUGGCGGAGCUUAAGCUCACGUUCCUGAAUGUAUCAUCGAACCAGCUCUCCGGCGAGGUCCCGGCCGGCCUCCGUAACGGCGCGUACGACGACAGCUUCCUGGCGAACCCCGGCCUCUGCUCGCCAUCAACCGUUCUCAAUCUCAGAGCAUGCGGUGGCAAAUCCGACGGUCAAAAUCACACCUCAGUCGCUCUCAUCCUCUUCUUUGUUUUCGGGGGACUUGCCUUGCUCGGCACGGUAGUUUUCGCCAUCGUGGGUAUCAGAGACUACAAGCGACGCAUGGACCGCAUUGAUCUCGGCCCAUGGAAACUGACAUCGUUCCAGUCGUUGGAUUUCACCGAGCAACGAAUCUUAAAGGGCCUCACGGUGGAGAAUCUCAUCGGUAGCGGUGGCGGGGGACAAGUGUACAAGAUCAUCCUCGGGAAUCGUGCCGGAGAGAUCGUGGCUGUCAAGAAGAUCAGAAACGGCAAGAAGUUUGAUUCCAGACGGGAAAAGGAAUUCCAAGCGGAAGUCCAGAUUCUGGGGACCAUCCGGCAUGCCAACAUAGUGAAACUCAUUGCCUGCAUCUCUAAUGGUGAUUCUAAGUUACUUGUGUAUGAGUAUAUGCACAAUAAGAGUCUAGAUAGAUGGUUGCACGCUAAGUACAGGUCUGAUCAGUCCAAUGAAAAUUUGAAACUGGAUUGGCCUACUAGAUUAUCGAUUGCAAUCGGAGCAGCCAAAGGACUUUGCUACAUGCAUAACGAUUGUAACCCGGCGGUUGUCCACAGGGAUGUCAAGUCCAGCAACAUUCUUCUUGAUGAUGAGUUUGGCGCGAAGAUUGCCGAUUUCGGCCUUGCGAGGAUGCUGGAGAAUGCGAGUGAACCAGAGUCAGUAUCAAUUGUGGCUGGUUCCUUCGGAUACAUGGCACCAGAGUGUUACACGAGAAAGGUUAAUGAGAAGAUGGAUGUGUAUAGUUUCGGAGUGGUGCUGUUGGAGCUCACCACUGGAAGGGAGGCUAAUGAUGGCGGCGAUGAUGGCUCGCUGGCAGACUGGGCAUGGCAGCAUGUUCAGGAUGGCAACCAAUUGAUUGAUGCCAUUGACUGUGAGAUCAAAGACCAUGCAUUUAUGCAAGAGAUCGAGAUGGUCUUUAAACUAGGCAUACUUUGCACCAACAAAACACCUUCAAUGAGACCGACGAUGAAGGAGGUGUUGCAAGUCCUGCUCCAGUUCCAUCAAAUAGAAGUUGUUGAUCGCUUGCAUAAAAUGGACUAUGGUGUAGCUCCUGGCUGUUUACAGACUAAAAGGGGAAGCAGGCAUAAUAGGAUAUCAGAUUCAAAUGAAUUUGACGAUUACUGCACCUCUCCGGUAUGAAGAUUUUAGAUGUCGGAGUAGUUGUUCAGGCUCAAUGGCCACAGAGGCGCAAAGGCACUAAACCGAUGUACAUUAUUAAAUGUGUACUAUAGUUUCAUGGUAUUUAGAUAAUUUAAUAUCAUCAGCACACAGGGUGUGUUAACUUGUAAAAUUUAAGACUACCAUAAAUAAUAACUCCUGAUGCUCUCGUAA